GCAGUUAUCACUGUUUCUUUUAAUGGCUAAAAAGAAACAUUUGUUUUUCCGCGCUCAACACUAGUGUAGUGAAGUUGCAGAUGUGAACUUCUUGCAAAGGAAUGCGUUUUGCAAGCCCCCCUCCCCGCUUGUGUUUUCCAUAAAAGAAGAGAGGACCACACAGAUCCGAGGUUUCAUGCAAGGCAAAUUAUAAACAUUUUCAUCCAGCCUAUCUCGUUAUAUACUGAGAGGAUUUGUGCGCACUGCUAUAGCUGCUGUAGGCCGUGGAAUGGGUCCCACGGCUGACUCCUCAAUGACGACCAAUCGGUGGCCAGGAUUGUAAAUGAGAGAAAGAGGGGGGGAAGGAAAACUUUUCUUUCUUUUUUUCAACAGAAGGAGGGGUGUUGUGGGGAAAUGCUCGGCGGACCGUGAAGCGUAACAGCAAGAAGGAGGACAAAGACGCACAUAGCGGGACAAAAUGCGACAGAGAGAGACGUUUUCCAACCAAAAAAAACACGGGAAUGCGUGGAUUGGUGUAAGAAGUGAUGAAGCGGAGUUAUAACAAACAAUGGCACGAAAGAUAAGUUCAAGUGAACAAACUGAGUUGUGGACAAUAACUGUGGUUAAGUGUGCGCGUUAACUUUGGAUCGCCCUGCGGGGCAUUUGAGCGUCCACCCCCGGUUUCCCCGCUGGCAUGGACCAGACUCAGCCGACACUCUGGACUAGGAUUUCUUUUUUUUUUUUUUUUUUUUUUUUGAACGGGCACGAUUCUCGGAAUAACUCUUACUGAGCUGUUUCUACUUUUUGCAGCAAAGCGUGGUGGAUUCACUGAAGCAGACUGCACUCAAAAGAAGGUGAUCCUACUAAUGCGCAGCUUGUUGGAUAACUUUGUACAGGAGUAUUUCCAUCUACGCGGUGAAUGUUUGCAAAACGCACGUAUGGGAUGCGUUCAUGAACUGAAGUCUGUAAGAUUCGGUGCGUAACCUGUCCAAAUCCUAAUGUGCUGGUGGAGAAAGUGCUCGUCACUGAACUAGAACUCCAUCCAAGCAUGAAAUGUUGGUGCAGCGCCCUGGCACUUCUCCCAUGGGUGCUGGUGGCCUUGGAUGCCCAGCUCAUCUGCUGGCAGGCGCUGCUCCGGUGCCACGACGAGCCUGAAUGUGAGCUCGCCUACAAUCAGUACCUGGUGGCCUGUGAAGGGAACAUCAGGGGGACGAGGAGACAAUGUCCGAGCCACUGUAUCAACGCGCUGAUCCGGCUCAAUCACACCCGCAGCGGCCCAGACCUGGAGACCUGCGACUGCGCGCAAGACCCGGAGUGCCUCAGCGCCAAGCGGUCCAUAGAGCCGUGUCUCCCCCGCAGACACCCCAGCGAUGCAGGGGGGAUCGGCUGCAUGGAGGCUCGGCAGCGCUGCGAAGAAGACAGCAACUGCCACACCUCCCUCACGGCCUACUUGUCAUACUGCGGGCAGCUGUUCAAUGGCAGGAAGUGUUCCUCCAAGUGUAAAGCCACCAUUCAGCAGAUGUUGUUCAUCCCAAAUGGCAUGCUGCUAAACCGCUGUGUUUGCGAUGGGGUAGAGAGGCCUUUCUGUGAAGUGGUCAAGGAGAACAUGAGCAAACUCUGCUCCAUAGGAGACCACAGUGUUAUUUCAGACCAGCCUGAUACUGAUGACAUCUAUGAGGAUGAAGACUAUGAUCCUAAAAGUGACAAAGAGGACGUGGAUCCGGACUAUUCUGGAUCCCAGAGUCUGUCCAGCUCUAUCACAGUCCUGUUUCUUUCUCUAGUAUGGAUAUUAUACAUGUGAACAUUUUCUGGAUUUAUUAAUGACAGUGUGGCAUUAAUGAUCUUUAUUCUUUCGACCCUCUGGAUUUGUAGGGAUUCAAUCUCCUUGCUCAAAAACACUUGAGCACAGCACUGAACAAUUUUUGCUGAAUAAGGAAAGUUAUUUUCUCCAGUCAUGGGCCUUCCCAUCCUGUUUUAGUUCCACGGAGACAGUGAGAACAGUAGUAAUUUAUGUAGGCUUUUCACAACCAUACAAUUUGCAUAGUAAUUAUUUUUCGUGCACAUUUCACUCAGGAAGACUGAUUUAAAUCUUAGCACACACAGCCUGGCAGUGCUCUGAAUGUACUGCUCACAUUUUUGCCAAGCAGCAGCAAAACCUGCUGUCAGGAAUGGUAAAAAAAAAAAAAAAGUACUUUGAGGUGACGAGAGGAAGUGAACUUCAACCUGGGGCAAAUUUGUUGCAAGCGUUGCCACUUUUUGUGCCUUUAAACGUUCCUGUUUGUUUGGUUUGGUUUCAAUGGUGCUUGAAGUGUGGCUUUAUUAAGACUUUAGACAAACAUUGGACCCAUCCAGUCUCUGUUUGCUCUGCUCUCCAUUUCGGGGGCCUCGGCAUUGUUGCAGCAACCACACUUCAAAUAUUUGUGGGAACAGUCAGAGGACAGGCGAGGGUGUGGGAUCAAGUACUUAAAUUAACUAAAGCGCCUCUCCAGCACUCUGUCUGGGGCCCCUCCCCCCUCUGAGAUUGUUUUAUUGAACUUUUCCUGAGACCCCCAUGCCCCCCCACCGCUUGCCCCCUUCCCUUCACGCCUCUAAAACACCCCUGUCUUUAUUACUGCUUUCACACUGAAGGAAACAUCAGGAAAACCAGUCCGCUACUGGUGUGAAUGGGUCAAGAUACCACAUCUGGAGUAUGGUCACAACACGGCCCGUGACAGAGUUUACUGGGAACAAAAAUGAAUGAAUGAUGAAAUCAAAAGAAGAAAAUUUUAUAUUGAAGAUUUAAGAACCACGGUUUCUAUAUGUGCUACCAUUUCUAGUCUGCAGUAUGAAGAACUGUUGCAACAGUGUUUGUAGAGCAUCAAGAUUUUUAUUCAUAGCCUGAUAUGAAGAGUCAAAUGCAGGUAGAAUUUACAUUAUUUUGUAUCAUACACAGUGUCAAAGGAGCGUGUGUUUUGCUCAACUAAACUUACAUAAUGCAGGCUAAUGAGAAAAUGCACAUAUAUGUGUAAAACUCAGACUAUACUAGACAAUUUGUUUUUUUAAAAGGUUCAUAUUCAGAAAAUGUACCUCUAAUUGAUGGUUCAAAAGAAAACUUGUCAGAGUAUUGUAACAUUUUUAGUCUUUUUCAUUCACUUUCUCCAGUCCAGGCAUUUGAAUUAGUGGUAUUUUAGUCACUACUUGCUUCCACAAUAAAAUGCUCAUUACAGUAAAAUAAAACAUUGUUAUUGUUAGUUUUACACUUACUUUUAGUGGAACUGCCAAUUUGUGUCCUUGCCACUUGAAGUCCUUACAAAACUUUUGUGUGUGUGUGUUUUAUGGAGUAUUGGAAAAUGUUGAUAAAUGUUAAAUUAUGAAGCUACAAUAUGAAAAAAUGUGUAUAUAUUUUACAAUUAUAUGCAGUAAGACAAGCCAAUGUCUGACCACUGUCACUUCCAAUAAAGGCAUUUAGUACAAUAUAAACACAAAUGUAGGUCAGACUUUGUCCACAAAACAUAAUAUGGUUUAGAAUAUUUGUUUUUUUUAAAUUUUCAUCUCAUCUUAUGGGGAUAGAGCAGUAAACAUGUAAGUGCAGUGUCUCUCAUGUGGGAGGGCGAGUUUUAUAAUAAAAUGUUCAUGAGCUA